CAAAGUUUAUUUUCCGGUAAAGGUUGUGUGGAGUUGCCAUGGUAAUAUAACGUUUAGGAAGUGCAGCGCAACAAUAUCAGCUGGACCAGCACGAAAAAAUAGAAUAUGAUAUAGCUAUAGUCAUGUUUGAACUAGCAACAAAUCCGAAAUAGACUAGCUUGACAGCCAGCUAAAGUUAGCAAGCCAGUUACCUAAUAACUCUAGCUAUAGAGUAAAUUCAAUUUGACAAAGCAUUUCUAAAAUGUCAGGUGAGUAGCCAACGUUAGCCAGUUACCAUACUGUAUAGCCAGCAUAAUUCAGAAAUAGCAUAUCUAGCUAGCUAGCGAGCUACAACAUAAUGUCAUUAUUAAUAAAGUGUGUUUCCUGCAGAGAAGAAAAAAGGAAAGGUCACAGAAAGCAAAGGUAGGCAGAGACCAGACUUGGACAUCUCAAGACAUUUGCUUUUUUUGGUGUGCAGAUAUUGUAUGUUUGUGCUUUAGGCUAACUAUUAGCCUAUGUAACAGUCUUAAACUCCACUCACAUAUUUCUUUUCAGAGGAAGGGAGUUUGCAAGUAUCCUACAUUUUCCCAAAUGGUGACAGAUAUGGUAAGUGCUCAUAUUGACACAGUAACAUUAAAUUAAUUAUUCUAACUGUUAUAACCAGCUGCAUUAUGGCUGUCAUCACCAGAAGGAGAGUGCUGCAGGUCCACAGAGGCAGUUGUGGUGAGGAGUGGUAUGGGCAAACACACCUCAGCCAGUGGGGUCACCUACACUGGAGAGUGGCAUGAUGACAAGGUGUGUGUGUGUGUGUGUGUGUGUGCGGGUGUGUGCGAGUGCAUGGCUGGGUGUAGGACUAUAUUAGGAUAGAAUUGAUAGGGAUUGGUAUUUGGAUUAGAGGGUCAUAGUUGAGUUGAUGGUUUUGGGAUGUGUCUGCUGUGAGUGACCAGUGCUCCCUCUAUUCCAGAUGAAUGGCAGAGGGACUCUGGAGCAUCCCUCUGGGGCCCUGUAUGAAGGGGACUUUAAAGACAACAUGUACCACGGCACAGGGACAUACAGCUUCCCUGAUGGGACCAAAUACUGCGGCAGCUUCAGCAAGAACAGGUGAACUCAUGACUUUAGCGUGUUAACUUUUUCCUGUCAUAUUUAGAUAUAGGCUAGUGAAUAGUAGGCUAGGCCGAUGGCUAGCUAAUGAUGGCUCUAUUGUUGUUGUUUUUAUAGGUUGGAGGGCGACGGGGAGUUCACAGACUCUCAGGGACUUGUUUGGAUUGGAGGCUUCCACAACAAGGCAGCUCCUGGCUUGAAACUUAAACUCAACAUGUAACCCAUGACAUGAUGUGAGACAACAUAACUAAUUUCUUUGACAUUUUAUGAGCAUUUAUUGAAUAUAGAUAGAAAAUAUAUUAAAAAGAACAAAAUUAGACUCCAGUGAAAGAGAGAUUUUAAAGGCACCAAAUGAAACGAAACAUACAAUGUCCUUCUUCUUCCCAUAAAACUCCUGGUCUCUUCUACCUGUAGCAAAGACUUUGAAGUAGUCAGUGUAUGACAGUGUGGUGAACACCUCAUGGCACCGUGCAAUGAAUGAGUCAUUGCUUUGAGUCACAUAGCCGAGUCCUCAGUGGAGAUGCUGAAACACAGUCAGUGUGUGCCUCAGUUAACCUACAGUGUUAGGCUAAAACUAUUUAUACUACAGUUUAUUUGGAAUCUUUUAACUGUUCAUGAACAGCGUACAAAUCUGUGUGUGCUAUAAUUUAUACAGUGUAUACAGUGCUUAUGCUUAAUGUGUGCAUCUGGUGUUAACUUUGUUCAACAAAUACAGUUAUGUGAUGAAUUCCUCAAUAAGAUGAGUGUUGGUUAUGUCCAUAAGUGUCUUCAGUAAAUCAUCAAACAUCUGCUGAGAGGGCAUAGAGAGCUGUGUUUCCUUUUCUUUCGGAGUUGCGUAUUUUGAUUUUG